UAGUGCUGUGGAAAAUGUAGUGAUGUACCUAAUCAUGUGGCCGUGAUAUCGAUAAAUACCGCGUUCCAUUUUUUGAAUUAUUAAAAUGUUCGUUUAGUGUAGAUUAAAGUUUAUGUUUAAUUAAAUAUGGAUGUGGUACUUUCACGUGUUUGUCGAUAAAAUGAAAAUGAAGUGGUAUAUUUUAGUGUUGUUAUGUUUAGUUGAAGUUGGUGUUUCGUUGUCUCAAAACUGUCGAGGUGAAAAGCCGAGGCUUCGCGAUUGUGACAACGUGUGCGAUAAGGAUGGAAAUUGCAAGAUUCGGGCAGCGUUAAUGUUGCCUAAGAAUACGACUUACGAUGCCUGCUUAUCUGUUGUGGGAGCCGUCCUCGACCUGGCUAUGCAAGAUCCCGUCAUCAAGAAUGCCUUCCCGCCUUGGCUGAGUGUCGAAUGGAUGAAGUAUGACGUCACAGAUUGUGAUGCAGCAUACGCGGUGAUAUCUGCUAUUGAUGCCUAC